GUAGUACAAUUUGUAACGUGACAAUUUUACUUGACAUUGAUCCUAAUCUUAUUAUUGUUAACUAAUAUUUUUGUCAAAUGCUCCGAUUGGUAUAGGAUUUGUUAAAGUGACAUCAUGAAACAUAAACCAUCAUGGCCAACAGUGUUUUGGCUUGUAUUGUCAAAAAAUUUACAAAUAAAUUUUCAGGUACUUAAUCACAUCUUGAGAAAAAAAUUUAAUCUAGCAGAACAAUAAUGGACAAUUUGAGACUGUUUUAAAAAAAGUGUCAAUAGGCUACUAUUGCUCAAUGUUUACUAAGACAACAAUUUUUCUGUCUGAUUUUUAUAAAUUGUGUAUACUUGUUUUAAAGUUCAUUUUUUUUUAGAUAUUGGCUGAGUGUUUCCCACAUAACUUGGCUGUGGUUGCAACUGUUUGUGACAUGGAUGGCGUAAAUAUGAGGGCGUUAAAUGCGUUAGGAUCCACGGUUGAUAGACCUUUUUUCAUAUAUAAUGAAAAUGAAAUUGUAACCAUAAUGGAUCCUCCGCAUCUAUUAAAAUGUUUUAGAAAUAAUUUUCUUAAACACAACAUAAAGUGUACAGAUAAUUUUGCAACCAAUGCAGUAUCAGGAAUAGCAAAAUGGGAGCACGUUAAAGAGUUUUUUAAAAAUGACAAUAAUAAUCCGAAUUUUGUUUUUGCACCUGCACUCACAGACCAACAUAUACAUCCAAAUGGGAAACAAAAAAUGAAAGUAAAAUUAGCAGCGCAAGUGUUAAGCCACUCAGUUGCAGCUGGGAUUUUUGCAAAAGUAGCCAGAAAUGAAAUUUCACCUGAAGCAGUUGUUACAGCCACCUUAAUUAGUAAAAUGGACAACAUAUUUGACUCACUGAAUGCAGAUACUCCAGAUUUAAAAAGAGGAAAACGAUAUUUUACAAAUAUAACGAAAAAAAGUGAACAUUUACAGUUGUUUCAUGAUAUGAAAACACUGUUUCAAAAUAUUUAUUUUAUUGGGGUUCGCUGCGCUCCUCCUUCUGUCAAUGGUUGGAUCCGUACCAUUAGGGCUGUGGAAAGGCUUUGGCAUAACUUGCAAAAAUUCAACAUUAAUGCGUUAGCUACCCGACGACUAAAUCAAGAUCCUCUAGAAAAUUUAUUUGGUUGCAUAAGAGGUCACUGCGGGUCUAACCCGAAUCCAAAUGUACCACAAUUUAUUGCAGGAUUGAAAACUAGUAUUGUCAAUAAUUUAAAAUAUAAAAGUAGCCUCAAAAAUUGUGAAGCAGAUGCAAACUCAUUGUUGACAAAUAUGACUACUUUCUUAAAAACAAACACAUAUACAUUGUCCACAAAUUCAAAUACGUUGUCAACAUCUAAUAAUAUUCCUGACGAUAAUACCAUUGUGCCAGACGCAGAGUCUGAUGAAAUGCAGGCAUGCGCAUAUGUGUGUGGGUUUAUUUUUAAAAAACUUAAAAACAAUACUUGUGAGUUUUGUAAAAAUAUAAUGAUUACUAAAAAUGUUGGACCCAUACUUCACUUCACAUUCACUACUUUUAAAGAAUAUAAUGACAAUAAAGAAAGUUUAAAUUAUAUGAAUAUUGCAUUUGUUGAAUGUGUAGAGACAUCUGCCACAAUUAUUAACGAAUAUUUAGUAAAUCAUUCACAUACUUCAAAAUUAAAAAGAGUAUCAAAAUAAAAUUAAAUGAGAUAAUUGCAUUUAAUUGGCUGGAUGGAUGUCUGAAGCAUAAAAUAGAGAACAUUGAUGACAUUAUUAAUUGUGUGUCAGCAAUAUGCAUUAAAAGAUUCUGCACAUUAAAAAAUAGAAUGGUUUCUGCAGAAGCAUCCAAAAAUGCGCUGCAUCGGAAAAUUAAAAUUCUUAAACAUGACUGAUUAAGGUUAAAAGUCAAUUAUUAACCUUCUUAUCAUGUGAGAUUCGUGCUUAGUAGUGAGCCGAAUAUGAGUUGUCAAUGUUAGUGAUGCAAAGAUAAUAAUUAAGAUUAACUAUAAUCUAUAUAGGUAACUCAUUAAUAGACCAAUGGCGAAUUUCUAGAGGAUCUAGAAUAAAUUAACUUUUCACAACCCUCAUGAUGCAUCCACUAAUGACUAAAUAUCUUGAAAGAAGGGACAAGAGACCUUCCAUUGGUACAGGGGGCAAGCAAAGUCAUGGUAGGCCAAAGGCCAAUUGGAAGUGGCCCUUAACAGCGUAGAUGUAGGCUGCCAAUCUAUCCUGGAUUAUGCUAAAGAAUACAGCCUUUGGCUUAAUUUAACCUGUUACUGUGAUUUUUUUUUAUACAUGCUGUGAUUGCUGUGCUGAUCAUUAUGACUAUGUAAUAAACAGAGAUGUGAUUUAUUUGAAA